GGCAGAUACUCUUAUUCCUUUUAGCAGAAGCGAGAAGAGGUGAUAACGGCUCAUCUUGAUAAUCUGCCUACCCUCUCCUCAAGGCCUUCCCUUUUGCUUACUGCUCUGUCAUCAAGCCGUUUGACGGACUUCGACACCCUAUUUCAGACAAACGUUUGCUUCCGCCCCCAGUCCCCGGCUGUCGCUGUCAAGUCGGCGGGCAGUUCACCCCCCACCCUUAACCCUCUGCACGUCUCCUCCCCCGUGCAAUCAUCUACUCAACCUCAAUCCUGGCGCUCCUGGUCCCACCGGAUUUCGACCAAGUCUCUGCUUCUCAUCGAUUUCGCGCCUUUCGCUCAAUAAACAUGGUCGAGUCGCACACGUCGGCAGGACCCGCUAAUCUCUGGUCUCAGCCAAUGCCUGAGUGGGGCAUGUCCUAUGACAGCAACACUUCUGAGCCUGGAACGGCGCGAGGAUACCCCGGUAUGUCGCUACAAUAUCUCCAACAGCACCACCUUGGUCGGCAGGAAACGGGCGAGCACCAGACUUUUGGGCAAUCGGAUGUCGAUUCAGCCAUCAACGCGCUGCAGGCUCAGCAUGUGCGAGCACUCGAUGUCUCAUCGUCCGAUAUGGCCAUGAAUGGAGGUUACGCCCACGAGAUGGGAGCCAGUACUAUGGGAGGGGCGAUGGCUGCUUCUGGAGUCUUCGAUGUCUACUCGAACCAAUCAAUGCAAUAUGCACCCUCAGGAUACGACAACUAUGGCAUGCAGAAUCAGGCUGGUUCCUCUCAUCCUCAUGCUAGCCAUCCCCAACGAGAUAUGACCAAUGGAUUUGCAUCUUUGGCGUCAAUUCCGUCCGAUUUCCUUUCGUCGCAGCCACAGCUUGGCCACUCUCAAUCAUUCCCUUCUCUGCCGGAUAUCUCGCGGACCAGUGGAAUCACCGCUUUCACCCAGGCACCGCAGCCAACGCCUGUACCACAGCUUGACCGAAAUAGCCGCUAUCCUGGUCUCUCGAUUGAUAUGCCGCCAAAUCCCAUAGAACAGCACUUCCAAUCGGAUUCAUUCUCAAACGAUUAUCCGCCUUCGUCAUUCCAAAAUAGUCUCCUUCAUCGGCACCGGGGAAGAAGCAGCACGGUAUCGUCUGCGGCAUCCUCCUCUUCGGCUGCGAUUGAAUCUCCGCUGUACGACUGGGAUGGCUCAGACAAUGGAGCAACGUCCGAUUAUUCGCUCAAUGAUCUCGGUGCUAUCGGAGCCAUGCAGGAUUCUCCCUUCAACAAUUUUAAUCUCAACCUCGGAGGCUAUCAAGCGCCGUCGUUCCACCGGUCGCAUUCCCUGCCACAGUUGCACGGCGUGCAGGCUCCUGCUCUGCCCCAUUUCCUGCGCAAUCAGCCUUCAGGGCUAAAUGAGGGGACAUUAAAUCCCAUGAUAUUGCCAUCAACACUCCCCACACCUCCCACUUCCAAGGGACCGAGUCCUGUGAUUGCAACAACUGGUCACGCACAUUCGGUGUCCAUCGACCUCGCAACGCCCAGGUAUGAGACUGAGCUGCGCUUCCCAGUCAUGCCGCCCCAGCGCUCCAUGUCCGCGGACGGAUCUCAGCUUGAAUCCCUUGACUUGGACCCAAUCACCCUUCAGAGGAGCAUGGAGGGCCUCAGCCGUGGCGACAUACAGGCCGUGUUACAACCGUAUAUCGAGAAAUACGUCAAUUCUAAAAACAGGUUCGCUGUUGGCGAGCGGAGCGUGAUGGUGAUGUCACCAAAGGUCGGCCAGAAGUCAUAUGGGACUGAGAAGCGCUUCCUCUGCCCCCCUCCCUCUGUGAUGAUGAUUGGGACUUCUUGGUUCCAUCCUGCGGCAGGGUCAUCCUCCUCGCGUGGCUCCCCGCACUCCGGUGGUUCUCCUGUAGCAGCUGGCUGGGCCACACCAAAAGUGAACGUUCUCAUGUCAACGCAGGACAUUGACGUAGAUGUUCCGCCCGACCACGCCAUUGAAUGGUGUCUGCCUUCUGGAGAAGCGUUCCAGCCGGAUAAUCCUCCCAGCUUGAGCGCUGGGCCAUUCUUUGGCCGCUUCAUGGGCAAGUCUUUGUAUAUUAGCGAUGUUGACGAAAAGAAGAAAAAAGUAGAAGCCGUCGUGAAGGUCUUCGAAGCCGGAUCAGAUAUGCUAGUCGGUAAUUUUGUCAGCAAACCAAUCAGGGUGAUCAGCAAGCCCAGCAAGAAGAGGGCAAGCGUGAAGGCAAAUUUCGAUUUGGUGGUCAACCAUGGUUCCACCGUGGCCUUGUUUCAUAGGCUGCGUGCUCAAACAGUAUCUACAAAAUACCUCUGUGUGGCUGGUGCCGGAGCCAAUAUUCGUGGCUCAGAUGGACGCCCUCUUCUUGGAGCCAAGCCAGAAGACCAACAGCCUGCAUUUGUCGCUCGCACUUCUACAUGGGAUACUUUCAUCAUAUACAUUGUCGAUGUCAACUUUAAGGAGGGCGAAAACACCCAGACUCACCGGAAUGCAUCACUCCCUGAUUAUCCGGCUCCGCCUCCCGCCGCGUUGGUCGGCUUAAACAGCCAGACACCAAUUUACUACAACCAGACUGUGGUAUUACAGUGUUUGCUGUCCGGUGUAGUCUCACCGAUUCUUAUCAUCCGUCGUGUGGACCACAAUGCUGUUAUUGUCGGUGGUUCUCAGAUGGUCGACCAAGAUUGCAAGCUCCGCCCCUCCCAAACAGCACCACAUGACCAAUUCUGUGCCCCUGGCGAAGUCUGCGGCGAUCCCGUCAGCCAGCUGCACAAGAUCGCCUUCGAGGUCUAUGAUGCGAACAAGCGGGUGCCAACAUUCGAGGAGCUCGGUACUCCAGGAUCGUACCUCAGCUGCGCCGUUGAUAAGGUGAACACCUUUACACCGUCCGAGCGGCGAUGGAACAAGUCGUCCAGACAAUCCUCGACUGAAGCGCCUGGCGUGCCUAUGCUGACCACAAGGAAUAGCAGUGUCUCGCCUUCGCAGGGAGAAGACUCGUCCUCUGGACCGUCUUCACCUGCUCCAAUUUUCCGCAGGCCUGGCACACCGGCACCCACGGAGAUGCCUGGAGACGGAGGCAAGGUAAAGCGCAAGCGUGGCAGUAUCAGCGCUGGCCUGGUAGGCAAAGUUGCAGAAACUGCGGCUGCCCGUGGUAAAAGGAGGAAUUCUGCCGCAAGCGUCCUCCAUGCCAACGGUGAGGCACAGCAACCUGGUGCUCGGAGGGCGACAGAGCCGGGAGAGGCGGAAAUGUCCAAUGGCAGCACGUGGAACUGCGAUGUUUCUGAUGCAUGCGUCUGGACGCUGGUUGGAACAGAAUUUGUCCGAUAUAAUUUCUACGUGCCCCCGAUCCUGUACAAUCUGCCGCAUACAUCAAGCAUCCCCCGCUUCCCUUUCAAGCCCAUCACCCCGAUGCCCACAAUCGUCAAGUACCUGCCUCCUGACCGUGCUAGCGAGCUGCCUCGUCAGCAUUUACAGCACUUCCAGCAACCCGAGGUGAACCACAAUGGUGUGGUUGCUCAGACCGCAGUGGGCACAACAAAGCCGCCCGACCCGGACAUGCUCACGCUGUACGGCCAAAACUUUGAUAAAAGCGAGCCUUUGCUCGUCUACUUCGGGAGUGAACCUAGCGCGCACGUCGAUAUGCGCUGCUCGGAGGUGCUCCAAUGCCUGCCGCCUGCCAAGCUUGAGCAUGACGACCACAACAGCAACAGGAGGGGAAUGCUGCUCGUUAGGCGCGCAGACGGCAUCAUCUUCCCGAGCAGCGUGCUGUAUCCUUGAGGAGGACAUCUCACGCAAAGCCAUCUUACGUUUGGAUUUUAGGUGUAUAUCUCCAAGCGCUAUACCCUCGUCUAUCUUCUGCUCUUCAUGGUUACCGCUCCGUUCUUUCCUGUUUGUCCUUUCGAAUGUCUGCGCUUACAUAUGAGCGACUGGGUCCGUAGAGUGCGGCGCCGGGCGUUGUCUGGCUGCUGCCAUGCGGCAGUGUAGAAAUAGUGUUGUAAGAAUGUGAGGAU